AUGUCUCGUCUAGGCCAAGCGGACAUGGGCGUCGCGACUCUGCACGACAUGGUCACCAACGCCGGCAUGAUCGCCGGUCUAUCUCCCAGCACGCCACUUAUUGCAGAUGCUGACACUGGCUACGGUGGAGCAAUCAUGGUCGGGCGAACAGUAACAUCAUACAUCCGCGCUGGUGUUGCUGGACUUCAUCUCGAAGACCAAGUGGUCAACAAGCGCUGUGGACACUUGAAGGGCAAGCAACUUGUUGAUGUGAACGAAUAUGCCAGCCGGAUACGGGCUGCAGUACUAGCACGAGAGCAAUCCGGAGGCGAUAUCGUCAUUAUCGCUCGAACAGAUGCGUUACAAGGCUACGGAUACGACGAGGCGGUCAAACGUUUAAAAGCGGCCAUUACUGCUGGCGCAGAUGUAGCCUUCCUCGAAGGUGUAACGUCAAAGGAAGAUGCUGAAAAAGCAUGCAAAGAACUUGCACCUACACCGUGUCUCUUCAACAACGUUCCAGGUGGUGUUUCACCAGACUUCAGUGCAGAGGAAGCGAAGCAGAUCGGAUACAAGAUUGCUAUAUUCCCGGCACUGGCGUUCGAGGUGGUGUACCCAGCAGUAAGGAAGGCAAUACAGCAACUAAAGACAAUUGGAAAGGUGGAGAGUCAGGAGAAGGAUGGAAGAAGAUAUGGACCGAAGGAGCUGUUCCAGGUUUGUGGCUUGGACGAGAUGGUCGAGUUUGAUAACCAAGUUGGUGGUGGCGCGUAUACGAAUGGGGCGUAG